AUGCCAAAAUGGGAGUACGUUGAAUUAUUGUAUUUACCCGCUAAUACAACAAGUAAAUUGCAGCCCAUGGAUCAGGGUAUUAUCAACAACUUCAAAGUGUACUACAGAAAGGAAGUUGUGCAAUAUGUUCUAAAGUCUAUAGAAGAUGAUAAAAGCCCUGAAAUCAACAUACUUCAGGCCAUGAGAUUUGCAAGAAAAGCUUGGUUUUCAGUUAGCAAAACCACAAUAAGUAAUGGUUACAAAAAAGCUGGAUUCAAAGUGACGAAUGUAUCUGAACCUGAGAACCUACAAGAAGAGGUAGAGACCAUUGCAAGAUUUCCAGAAUGGAACAAACUAAUUUUCACCUGUAGGAACAACGAAAAUGACCAGCAGCCGAGUUUUCAGGAUUUUGUUUCUAUGGACGAUGGUCCCUUGAAAUCUCAAUUAACCAGGUUUCACUGUAAUAUGUGUACGGUUUCUGGUUUUGCUGAAGAAAAUAUCCAAGCGUUGGUGACGGAAAGUUCCGUCCAAUAUGUGCUCUCGAAAGAUGUUAGUCUAACGUCGCAAUUUUUUGUUACUGAUUGUGAGGAGUGGAGAAACAAGUCGACUUCGCAUAGCUUGUGGAUUCUGCUGUGGAAUGGUGGUUGA